GCCCCGACGGGGCGGGAGCGGCGCCCGGGACCUGCCGGGGGGCGGCCGCAUGAUCCGCAUCCCACAUGACAUCCCAGAAAGGAGCUGGGCAGCGGCCACCCCUGCCGAACGUCAUUUUUUCCCUCCGCUGAAGAAGAGGGGUGGAAUACCCCGUCCCUCCCCUGAGGGAGCUUUGCGAACAGCCGGGCAGAGGCGGCUGCGGAGCCGGAGGUACCCCGUGGUUCCCAGCAUGAUCGGCACCUUCCCAGACGCGGCUUCACUUGGGAUAACCAGCAGAGCAAGGAGGAGAGCAGCGCCUCUGGGAUUAUGCUUUGGAGCAGCAAGGAAACCAGAACCACACAGGAACCACCUGUGCUGAACGUGGGCAGCUCUUCCCACCCUCCUGUUGCUUCUUCUGCCAGCAAAGCUCCAACACAAGGCAGCUGGAUGAACCUUCUGGAAUUCUCCUGGCUCUGGACACCCACUGGUUGUUCUCCAUUGGGGUCACACAUUGUUCUCUGCCCAGGGCUGCUCAAUUCCUGUCUUCUCCAAGGCAUCUUUGCAGCGCAUUAUUGAACGGGACGUUGCAAAACAGCACAAGGGGCAAGAUUCCAAAUUCAUCCAGUGGCUCUGUGCUUUCGGGCUUCACUCUGAGCUAAGACUGACCCAACCAUCUGGCUAAACUCAACAGUGGAAAUUAUCCAGCUAUAGAGGCAUAGAACAGGAGGCCACACCCAUCACAUUCUGUGGUGUGACUGGCAGGAGGGUGCAGGAGAGCAAUUUCUCACAGCCUGAGCAAAAGACGUGGCUGAGUUUGCUCAUGGAUAACAGCAGUGGACCUGUUCUUCUCUUCACCUUGCUCCUGCUGCAGAACACCAGCAGCCCCAGAGCCUCCACCCGUCCUGCUGGCUAUGAGAUGGCAGAACCUGCGGCCCCAGGAGCCGGCUCCAGCAGGAACCACUCUCUGGUGGAGUACGGGCUGAGGCCAGCGGAAAUCGCCGCUGCCAGCGUGGUUUGGGGAGCGCUGUGGCUGAUCUCCGUCUUGGGAAACUUCCUUGUUUGCUUAGUGAUCCACAGGAGCAGGAGGACCCAGUCCACCACCAACUACUUUGUGGUGUCCAUGGCCUGUGCAGACCUCGUGAGCAGCGUGGGGAGCGCGCCCUUCCUGCUGCUGCAGCUGAGCUCCGGGCGCUGGCUGCUGGGCAGCGAGGUGUGCCAGCUGGUCAGGUACCUGCAGUACCUCACGCCCGGGGUCCAGAUCUACGUGCUCCUCGCCAUCAGCGUGGAUCGAUUCUACACCAUCGUCUACCCCCUGAGCUUCAAAGUGUCCAGGGGAAAAGCAAAAAAAAUGAUUUUGGCCUCUUGGCUCUGUGGUGCUCUGUUUGCAUCACCAGCCUGUUUUCUCUAUGGCUCCAGCAGUGAUCACCACUGCAACUUUUUUCUUCCCAGGUCUUGGAAAGGAUCUGCCUACAGUAUCACCCACCUCCUCUUGGUGUUUUUGAUCCCAUCCCUCCUCAUUAUCCUUUUUUACCAUAAAGUCAUUAAGUACAUUUGGAGAAUAGGCACGGAUGGAAUGACUGUCAGGAGAACAACAAACAUUGUUCCAAGAACAAAAGUGAAAACCAUCAAGAUGUUCUUAAUGUUAAAUUCGAUGUUUCUCCUGUCCUGGCUCCCUUUCUUCGUGGCACAGUUGUGGCACCCACAGGAAACAAACUACAGAAAGAGCUCCUUGCUUUUCCUGGCCAUCACCUGGAUCUCUUUCAGUUCCUCAGCUUCUAAGCCAACCCUCUACUCCAUCUAUAAUGCAAACUUCAGAAGAGGGAUGAAAGAAACUUUUUGCAUGUCUGCCAUGAAAUGCUACAGAAGCAAUGCAUACACCAUCACCACCAGUUCCAGGAUAGCAAAAAAAAAUCAUGUUGGUAUUGCAGAUAUUCCAGCUACAGCCAAAAGUGUCACCAAAGACUCCACCUAUGAUGCUUUUAACAGAGAAGCCAAGGAAAGAAAGCUUGCCUGGCCUAUUCCAUCCAAUCCCCCAAAUACAUUUGUCUAGUGGGCUUCAUUGUUUCGAAGUUACUCUGUACCCCCAGGAGAAGGAAUUUUCUCUCCUUUUGAACCAGUGUAUAGCUACAUAUUUUUAACCCAGUCUUUGGGGGGUGGGAGGGAGGAAAGAGAUGUUUUAUUUUAUUAAAUGCCUUGGGUUUGAUGCA